AUGACGUCCACCGGCUUUGACCCUUACUUCCCGUCUACUUACAAGAGGAGAGUAGUUGUGCGCAAUGCAGGAUACGGAGCUGGUGGAGGAAUAGGAUCUAGGUCUGCCUACUUCAGCCAUUCUGCCCCAAUCACUUCCUAUGCAUCUUCACGCAGAAGUUAUCCAACACACACCCGAGCUAUUUCCAGCUACUCCUCCCUGCUUUCUGCUCCAGUGUCUGCAGCCGCCACUGAGCUACGCCUUGACCAAGCAGCCCAGGUCAGCUCUGAGUUCAAAGCAAUAAGGACCCAGGAGAAGGCUGAGCUGCAGGACCUUAAUGACCGCUUUGCAAGCUUCAUUGAGAGGGUCCAUGAACUGGAACAGCAGAACAAGUUGCUGGAGACUGAACUCCUGCUGCUCAGGCAGAGGCAGACGGAGCCAUCCAACCUUCGGGCCCUGUUUGAGCACGAGAUCCGUCAGCUCCGAGCCGCUGUAGAAGAGGCCCGCCAUGAGAAGCAGGCGGCCCAGACCCACAGGGAUGAGAUGGAAGAUGUGCUGAGGAACAUGCAAAAGCGCUAUGAGGACGAAGUGCUCGGCAGAGAGGAAGCAGAGUGCAGGCUCAUGGAUGCCAGGAAGGGAGCAGAUGAGGCUGCAAUGGGCCGGGCCGAGCUUGAGAAAAGAGUCGGGACCCUGCUGGAUGAGCUGGCCUUCCUGAAGCGCCUCUGUGAGAGUGAGAUUGCGGAGCUGCAGGCCCAAAUACAGUACAGCGCAGAGGUGUCAGUGGAGAUGGAGGUCACCAAACCUGACCUAUCCGCUGCCCUCCGUGACAUCCGAGCCCAGUAUGAGAAACUGGCUCAAGACAACCUUCAAUCGGCCGAAGAAUGGUUCUGCAGCAAGAUGAAUGUGAUGACCGUAGGCACUGCUCGCGACACAGAGAGCGCACGAAAUGCCAAAGACGAGGCUGGAGAAUACCGCCGCCUCCUCAAGUCCAGGACGCUGGAGAUUGAUGCCUGUCGUGAGAUGAGUCAAGCUCUGGAAAACCAACUACAGGAAGUGGAGGAGAAACAGAGUGCUGAGAUCUCUGCUCUGCAGGACACAAUAAGUCAGCUGGAGGAUGAGCUGAGGGCAAACAAGAAUGACAUGGCUCGCUACUUGAAGGAUUAUCAGGAUCUCUUGAAUGUGAAGAUGGCCUUGGAUAUUGAAAUUGCGGCCUACAGGAAGCUCCUUGAAGGAGAGGAGAACCGUUUCAACGUGGCGGCACCGGGGUCUGUCAGUGUUUACUCCCAGGCCAUGUACGCUGCUCCAUCCUACGGAAGAACACUGUCCUCCAUUCAGCCUCAGCUGAGCUCUGCAGCUCCGUACCUGCUGACCUCCCGCUUGUAUGCUUCAUCACUCUCCACUGAGGAGACGGUUUUCGCAAGCCAAGCACAGCAGGCAGAGGCCAGCCCUCCUCAAGAGGAAGAGGAAGAGCAGGUGGAAGAGGAAGAGAAGGAGGAAGAAGAGGAGGAGCAGGGGGAAGAGAAGGAGGUGGAGGCAGAGGAAGAUAAGGGGGAGGAAGAGGAGGAGGAGGCGGAAGAAAAGGAGGAGGAAAAGCAAGAAGAGGGAGAGGAAGAAGCAGACGGAGAAGAGGGUGAAGCAGAGGAUGGAGAAAAGGAAGAGGAGGUGGAAGGAGGAGAGGAGAGCGCAACUCAAGAAGAGGGGGACGCUGAGCAGAAAGAAGAAGAGGGUGAGAAGGGCGAGGAAGAAGCUGGAAAACAAGAGGAGGUGGAGGCUGAAGACAAAGAUGGAAAAAUCUCAGAUAAAAAAGUUUAG